AUGGAGUGGGAGUGGAACUAUGUUAUUUGGACCACCUGGUUUGCCAAUCUUUGGAUUGAGGUAACACGUUUCGUGUUCCUCUCGACGUUUAAUAUGCUAGGGAACUUGAUGUUGUCGCGUGAUUUAGUUCAUCCAGGAUCGAAAGAGGCCUCCGAGUUCUUCAAUGCCAUGAUGAGGAUCAUGGAGUGGUCUGGCUAUCCUAAUAUCCCAGACAUUUUUCCGUGUUUUAGGAGGUUUGAUUUACAUGGCUUAAAGAAGAAGAUGCAUCGCGACAUGGGAAAAGCUCUGGAGAUCGCCUCUACGUUUGUCAAGGAACGGAUGAAGAAGCACGAGGAUGGUGGAGAAAAAAAGGAGGAUUUUUUUAAUGUGUUGCUUGAAUUUGAGGGUACUGGAAAAGAUGAACCAGCUAAGUUGUCAGAAAAUCAGAUCAACAUAUUCAUAUUGGAUAUGUUUUUAGUCGGAUCAGAGACGACUAGCAGCAGCGAGGAAUGGACGUUGACAGAGCUCCUAUGCCACCCUGAAAUAAUGUCAAGAGUAAAAGCAGAGAUCUUUCAAAUUGUAGGACAAAACAAGAAGUUAGAAGAAAGUGACAUUGACAAUGUGCCUUAUAUGCAAGCUGUGGUUAAAGAAGCACUAAGAUUACAUCCUCCUCUUCCUUUCUUAGUGCCAAGAAGAGCGAUGCACGACAUUAAGUUCAUGGGGUAUGACAUACCAGAAGACACGCAAGUACUCGUUAACGUUUGGGCAAUUGGAAGAGAUCCUGAAUAUUGGGACGACCCUUUGGAUUUCAAGCCCGAGAGGUUCCUUAACUCGAAGACUGAUUUCAAGGGACAAUGUUUUGAGUUUUUACCAUUUGGUGCGGCAGAAGGAAUUAUUCGGGUUCCAAAACUGAUACCAAACACCGAACGAAAAACAAAAGAAAGGACAAAGAUACACUAA